ACAGAUCUUUCCCAACCCUAGAUAUUCUCGCUGAGAGCUCCUUGAUGGAAUCACUAAGAUGAACUUACAAGACAGGCAUGGAUAAAACCAUGAGGUCCUCAAAUGGACAGAUUGCUCGGCAACUGGCAUCUCAUGGAUUGUUUGAUGUAUAUGUGAAGGCGAUGGGUGAAACACACAUUGAUGAUCAUCACUCGAAUGAGGAUAUUGCUUUAGCAAUUGGAAUGGCAUUACUUCAAGCACUUGGUGACAAAAAAGGGAUUAACAGGUUUGGGCAUUUUACAGCACCACUUGAUGAGGCAGCAGUUGAGGAUAUACUGGGUCUAUCUGGUCGACCUCAUUUGAGCUGCGGCUUAAGUAUUCCUACCGAAAGAGUUGGCACAUAUGAUACACAGAUCUUUCCCAACCCUAAAUAUUCUCGCUGA